AUGGCAGAGGGAGAUGAGGAAAAGGUAGAAAAUGUGCCCAGUGUCGCAAAGCGAGAAAAACACCCUAUCACAGACCUGGAUCAAGGGAUCGUGGGCUGGGAAGAUCAACAAGACCCUAUGAACCCGAAAAAUUACCCUGUCACUCGGAAAUGGUUUCUUCUUGCGCUCGUCAGCAUGAUCACUUUGAUCAGUCCGUUUGCCUCCUCCGUUUUUGCGCCGGCUGUUGCAGAUGCGGAUCGAACUUUCCACAACACAUCGUCUAUUCUGAGCUCCCUUGCAGUGACUUCCUAUUUGUUUGGCUACAGUCUUUUGGUUCUGUCUCCCAUAGUGUCGAUCAUUGCGCUCUAUAUCGCGACAGUCUAUGGUUGCCUCUAUCUUCUUUUAACAACUAUCACAACCGCCUUCAAAGAUACCUAUAACUGGAGCAUCCAGAUUAGUGGACUGGCCUACCUUGGCCUUGGGGUUGGGUUCCUGGCUGGACAACUCGUUUUCGGCUUACUGAGUGAUAGAGCCAUCGUUCGACUCAAAGCCCACAACAAAGGUGUGGUUGAGCCGGAAAUGCGGCUACCACUUUGCAUUUUCUUCGCCUGCUCCGUUCCAGUGUCAUUCUUCUGGUAUGGCUGGUCAAUACAGACAAAAACGCACUGGAUCGUGCCCAUUGUCGGUCUCUUCCCCUUUGCCUUUGGCCUGGUUGGGCUUUUUGCGACAUUGCAGACAUAUAUCAUUGACUCGUAUCCGCGGUAUGCGGCGUCGGGCAUAGCAGCGAUAACCGUCUCUCGGUCCCUUUUUGGCGCGCUAUUGCCACUUGCGGGACCCACCAUGUACCAGACACUUGGCUAUGGCUGGGGAAAUUCAUUGCUUGGGUUUAUAACACUAGCAUUGCUAGGCAUGCCGAUUAUUUUUAAUCGCUUCGGGGGCUCGCUGAGGGAGAAUUAUGGAUCCAGAUUUAGCCAUAAUGUAGCUAGUGGCUGA